UAGUCUGUCAGUUUCAUGUAUUGCAAAUCAAACAACUGCUGACGCCCGUUCCCCUCCACACACACACGUACACACAAAACCGUCAGUCAACCAAUGUGUCCGCACCCCACACAGACGGACAGACACAUACACACACCCACCUCCCUCGCUCCCCACCCACCCCAUACACAUUGCGCCUCCCGCUGCUCUGCACACACACUAAUCUCACUGACUCUAACUAUAAUAUGGAUUAUACGCAACGUUCGGUGAUGCGGUACGAUCUUCCUGCCUGCCUGCCCGCGGCCGUCUCGAUUGACGGCAUACACAGCACACGUUUCGUUUGGAAAAUGAACAAACACGCACACACGCACACAUACGACCGACAAGUGCAGUUCAGUAAGUCGAUCGACCAAAGUGCACCCCUCCUCUCUCCCUCCUCUCCUCUUAAACACACAUCCCGCCAUCCUUGUCUGUGUGGGAAUGGCUCAGUCAGUCGAAUUGCACGCUGCCCGUCAGAGGCGAUGGUCGAGGCCAUCGAGCCCACACGAGCACUGGUCGCCCCGAAGUGCUUCGAGUCGGGCGAGUUGGACCAAGAGUCGGUGGGCGUCUCGGGAGGGAGCAGACGGCUGCUGCUGCUGGUGCUGCUUGAAGGCCACGGCGUACUGUACUUCGUUUAUUCCAUUCUUCGGACCGUCCACCUCACUGGCCGGGUGACCCACACACACAGAGAGAGCGAGAGAGAGAGAAAGAGAGAGAGAGAGAAGGGACACACAUGCGUCUCUGCGGGCUUGGGCGUGGCGUGGGUUGGUGGAGGGGGGAAGAGUACCUGCAGUAGCGUCGCAUCUCUUCGACGGUCCGUGUGGUGCCUCCAGGAAUGCGAUGUCAGCACCCAUUAUUGCGUGGACAGCCUGGCAGCGGCGGAUAGCCUCGUCGAGCC